CGCAUGUUGUUCUCUGUCGCUUUAGAUAAUGCUGCUGUGAGUUGAACUGAGGAUACGGUGUUCGCAGGAAGAGGUUCAUUGGUGAACAUGACAGAUGAAGUUUAUCGUUAUUCGGUACUUGGGAGCAACUUAGUGUCGUGUAUAUGUCUGACAACUGUGUUUUGUAUCCUUGGAGUUUUUCAGGCUGGAUGUGAAGAUUUCAAAGCAUUUGCCCUUAUGGUUUUUCUGAGAUUUGGAUACGUCUGUAAGCGGUGGAUAAGUUACUGUUUGACAAACUUCUCUCAAAAGCCUUCAAAUAAAGCAUUUGUCGACUUACACACGGCAAAGAAUAAUACCGUUAGCAGUGAGAUCAGAAUAUGGAGAGCAUAGCAUCGACUUGUGAUGUUUUUAAUACUUUGAACUUGACUGCUGUUGAGAGGGGUGUACUCAGUGCGCUAUUCUACAACUUCUUCGACAGGGUGGUCAUUGUGUGUGUUCAGCCAGUCAUUGUCGCCCUUGGGUUGCUCACCAACGGGUCGUUCCUCUUCGUUGUCGCCCGCGUGCCUCGCAUGUGGACGGUGACGAACUUGUACCUUGUCCAGCUGGCGGUAGCUGAUGUUAUGUUCCUGGUUCUAACCGAGACACAAAGAAUAGUUUAUUUCCAAGCCUCACCUCUCAUUUUGGACAUGAGUGUGGUAGGGUUUGCAGGGAGUGUUACCUUAUAUUUCUUUGUUCAAUUUCUCCACACAGCGACUAUGAUACUUGUGACCGUUGUGGCGCUUGAGAAGUAUUUUGCAAUCUUCAAACCUUUUCUUUUACGGGCAUCUUGGGUUCGUGGAAACCGAAAGCGAGCUGUCAAAAUGAGCAUAGGAACAUGGAUAUUGGCGGCUCUUUUGGUCAGCCUAGUCGGACCCUGGCAUAAUGGCUUUGUACUUACUUGUAUCGUUUGGCCGGAGUACUCUAGCUUUGACGGUGUCCCUGAUCGCGUCUACACUUUGAAGGACAAUUCUGAGGAUAUGAGCACUUACGAGUUGGUGACGAUGCCUCAGAGGGAUUCGUUGGUGUAUACCAUCACCUUUAUUGUCAUUGCCUCAGUCAACUCGGUCGUGUUUGUCCGUAUCAUACGAGCCCUGAAGCUGCGCGUUGUGCCUAUCGGGCAGCAGAACGCUGUGUUAGAAGCGCGAAUCACACGCACCAGGAACCAAGUGACUUGGAUGUUGGUCAUCAACGGUGUCCUGUUCUUCGUCUUGAUGGCUCCAAGUAAAAUCUACGCCUUGGCUAGGACUAUUUCCAGGGGAUCUGGCCACGAGGUGUUAGACAAUCUCCAGCGGUCGUACGUUACUAACACCUUCAGCAUUUUGACAUACCUAAACUCUGCCGUUAAUCCCAUUAUCUACAGCGCCGUUAGUCUUCGUUACAGACGAGCAUGCCGUAGAGCAUUUACAGUCAGACAGAGAAGGAUAACAUUUCUUAAGUGAAAAAGAAAUGAAGUGUUACAUCUUAACGUGCAUAAUGCUUUUACCUUUGCUAACUGUAUAAGAUGAAGUAGCACUUUCAUGACACUUUUAUGCCAGUGUGUUCCGGAUAAUAUUCCAGGGACGCCUUGCUUAUGACCGGAGAAACGAACUCUGUACGUGAGACCAACAUUUUUAUCAGAAUGAUCUGGUAUGAACAGUAAGUAAUAUUGCUCAAUGGCACACCCACCCAUCUUCGAUUUCCCUCGUAAAUUGUCGUGGGGUAUUCACUGGUUUGCCAAGAGUACAUCUCUGUUGACCGUUUUAGAUGAUAACUUGCUCUCGAUGGGCAUUCAUUUACCGGUAGCUGGCAAAUGUAAACGGCGUACCGCGGAUUGAUUGUAUUAAACUCCCACGCUUUAUUAUUUGUUAGUCACGUUUGAACGACGUGCUACGUACACUAUCGUAUUGGCUGCAAAGUACAUAACUGCAGUGUAUUUUGAUCUUCUGUCUUGUCGUCUUUAUCCUAUAGGAUCAUUUUGCUGUUGUAUUAAUUCCUGAUACUGAACAGGAUUUGCUCAACGCCUUCUCCCUUCCCCAGCAGCGUUCUUCAAAUUUUCCACUACAUUUACUUUAGGUUAACUGUUCUUAAACAUUGGUUAAAUUUGACUGAAAUUCGGUAUUAGUGGAGUUAAUUUGACGCUGCUGUCGGGUUUUGUAUCGCUGCUCAGCAGUUUGCAGCAUAAUUUUCACGGUGCACCCGUAAAAGCCUCAAUGCGCUUGGUUUUGUUAAGCACUUGUACACCAUGAUCUGACUAGCGUCAAUGUUUCACAUUGAUGACGUUUAUCUUACCUAUGAGGCCUAGGGAACUCAGGGGAAGAAUAAAAUUGAGAAAACACACACGCGGAAUAAAAUUUUGACAAAAUCAGAAAAGAGUCAGACAACCUUUCUUGGGGUUCCUAUUAAGUACUUUGAUUUGUUUCGCAUAACUCUGCAAUUUGAUUGUGUUUUUGCGGAAGUUUCGAAAAAUAUUAUUGAUUUUUUUUGGUUCAACUUAAGGUUGAUCAGAAUGCAAAGUGGCAUUUACAAUACAUGUACAUGUAUGUAUAAAACGUAA